AUAAGUCAAAUUAUAAAAAACAGAAGAGGAUAGAAAGAAAAAAGGGCCCCGCGAUGCCUUUCGAGUUUGGUAAACCGAUGCUCGGUGAUCGUGCAUUGGAAGAGGCUGGAAUUUGCGCACGUACACUCCAUAAAUGGUACUUGACAAUGUGCUCAAAAGGGAGGAGCAAGGACCAGCUCUCUAUGACGUUCACGGAUGAUGCACUUGUUCGUACUGGCGACGGGCCCAAUAAUAAUGCGUUGAACGUCAAAGACCUGUUCGAUCUUUUCAAUUUUCGUCCCAUGGACAUCGCGCUGGUGAAGUUCUAUGAACUAUACCUGUGCCGGGCAAAACAAGUUUCUCCACCAAAAGAUUUUGCUUUUCUUGACCCAGCUGGUGUGAGUACGGGCUCUCCAGAUGACAUAGUAGGCUACAUAUCAAACGCUCUAACAAAAAUGAGGGGCAAGAAAUACUUGAUGAUACCCUUUAACAAACGAGAUCACUGGAUUUUAAUUGUUAUUGUUCCUCUUUAUAGCGUUGCCUUGUACCUUAAUUCGUUGCCAUCUCUUUGUAUCCACGAUGAAAUAAGCCAGUUGAUCAAGAGGGCAUACGACCAGUACCUAAAAAGAAUUCAUUGGGAUACUUUUGGCAUAGAAUUCAAGCAGAGGUACAACGUUGAGUGCCAUCAACAAGGUUCUACCGACCUUUGUGGUUUCUACGUUUGCCAUCAUAUGCGGCUUAUAAUGGAGAAAUUGGAGGGCAAUCCUGAGGAUUUUAAACUUCCAUCUCGUCAACUUACCAACCAUGAACUCAGUUGUGUUCGAGAAGAGCUGUCUCUGUUCAUCAACACUGAAGUGAUUGAUACACGCGGGCUGUACCAUCCCCGUUCCCUCGACCUCGAGUGAUUCACUUGCUGAUGCUAUCGACCACUAUCCUAGUAUGUUGCUAGCUACCUCCUAAUACUACCGUUGCUUUGUGCUAGAGCCGUGAAACAGUAUCCUUGGGUCUGUCAGUGUCAGCCGUGAAAUCCAGCUUAUUGUAAUUCCAUGUUUCCUUGUGUUCCAGAGCUAGGCUGUACUCUUUUUCCCUUUCAUUAGGAAAGGUUUUUAAUGAGGCAGUCAAAAUAUUAAUUAAUAAAUAAAGCUCAUUGUCUAGCCUGAAUUUC